CUGUAGUUCGGUGGCGCAGUGGCAGCGCUGUUGCCUUGUAAUAAGGACACGGCUUGGAGUUUGCUAGGCCUCCCCAUGUUGCCGCGUGUUUCCUCGAGAUUUUCUCCCAGUCUCCAGACCUGCAGGACAAGUGGAUUGACGAUGCCAAAUUGUGUGUAUUCACCAUGCGAUAGACUAACGUCCUGUCAAGAUAUGGAGAAACCUGAGAUGAUUUUUAAGAAUUACAACAGUACUUGUGAAAGCAACAGUUAUGCCUACAAUUCUAAAAAAUAUGAGCUUGAGGACCAAGAUGCUGAGGAUAAUUUUCGAAGAAAAUUGAAAUUCUAUUUUAUGAAUCCUUGUGAUAAAUUCAAAGCCCGUGGAAGAAAGCCUUGGAAAUUAGGACUACAAAUUCUUAAGAUUAUUAUUAUAACAGCCCAGCUGGUAUCCUUUGGUUUGAGUAAUCAGAUGGUGGUUGCUUUUAAAGAAGACAACCUGAAUGCCUUUAAACAUCUUUUCCUCAGAGGCUAUACGUAUAAACUGGAAGAUAACUUUGCAGUAUACACUAAAAAAGAUUUUUUUGAAUCAAUCUCUUAUGCAGUAUAUCAGUACUUGCACCUCCCAAAUGUAUCUGUUGGAAAUCAUGCUUAUGAAUGGAAUGGUGAGGAAUAUCCUGGCUUGAUUAUCUGCCAGGAGCUGUAUAUGAAUAGUUCAAUCUAUCCUGGAAAUGAGACUUUUGAUAUUGACACUAAAAUUGAAACAGACUGUCUUAAUAUUAAGCCUGAUGUACCAACAGAGAAUGAAAUGUUAAGAAAUGACAAGUUCAAUUAUAGCGUGGACUUUCAAAGACUAUUGUCUGUAAAUAUUUAUUUUACCCUAAAGGCGGUGAAUUUGCAAGCUAUCCGAAACAAUGAACUUCCAGAUUGUUAUGAUUUUAACAUUACAAUCAGAUUUAUCAAUAAUGCAUACAGUGGAAGAAUUCAAGUGAUGCUUGACCAGGAUGUUGGCAUAAAUGAAUGUAAAGAAUUAAAAGUGUCUGGAUCCAUACAAAGAAACACCCCAUAUCUUGUAUUAUUUGAUACUUUCAUCAUUUUAGCCUGCUUGGGGUCAUUGAUUCUUUGUGUGCGGUCAGUAAUAAAUGGCCUCCAGUUGCAAUAUGAAUACAUAACUUUUUAUUUGACUCGCUAUAACAAGACAGUGCCAUUUUCCGAUCGAAUGGAAUUUGUAAAUGGAUGGUACAUUUUGAUUAUAAUUAGUGAUAUUCUGACCAUUAUUGGAUCUAUUCUGAAAAUUGAAAUUCAAACAAAGAAUCUGACAAACUAUGAUGUCUGCAGUAUCUUGCUUGGAACUUCAACAAUGCUGGUCUGGAUUGGAGUUAUUCGCUACCUUGGUUUCUUCCAAAAAUAUAACCUCCUCAUCUUAACUUUAAGGGCUGCAUUUCCCAAUGUGAUUCGUUUCUGCUGCUGUGCUGCAAUGAUUUAUUUUGGAUAUUGCUUUUGUGGAUGGAUUGUGCUUGGACCCUAUCAUGUUAAAUUUCGUACUCUAAAUACAGUUACAGAGUGUCUGUUCUCUUUGGUCAAUGGAGAUGACAUGUUUCCCACGUUCAAGGAAAUGCAGCAGAAGAGUCACCUGGUAUGGCUUUUCAGCAGAGUCUACCUGUAUUCUUUCAUCAGUCUUUUUAUCUACAUGGUGCUAAGCCUGUUCAUUGCUCUUAUCACAGAUACCUAUGAAACAAUUAAGCAAUACCAAAGGGAGGGAUUUCCACAAACUGAACUACAUUUAUUUAUGGCAGAAUGUAAAGAUCUACCAAGUUCUGGGAGGUACAGAAUAGAAGGAGAGUCUCCAGUAGCUGCUUUCUGUUGUUGUAACCGGGUUACAAAUAGUAAGAUAGAUAGAGCCGAAGAAGCUGCUAUUUUGAGGGAUGAUCUGAAAUUUUACUUUAUGAGUCCUUGUGAAAAAUACAACGCGAGGAAACAGAUACCAUGGAAACUAGGAGUACAGAUUUUGAAAAUUAUUAUUAUUACACUUCAGCUUGUUUUGUUUGGCUUGCGGAAUCAGACUGUCGUUUCUUAUAAAGAGGAGACUACUAUAACAUUCAAGCAACUCUUCAUAAAAUCUUAUACAGGCAGCAGCGAAGAUGAAAAAAGCCACUCGAUAUACACUCAGAAAGACGUUUAUGAUAGCAUGAAUUUUGUAGUUCAUCAGUACAUGCAGUUUAAGAAUCUAUCUGUGGGUGCUAUAAGUUACAGCCAAGAUACAAGUGAAUUUGAAGGCCUGGAAAUGUGCAGAACACAGUACAAGGAAGUUACCUCUACUGAUAUAUUUCAUAUUAACCCGGAAAUGGAAACAAACUGUUUGAAAGUAAAUUCUUCAGAUAAGAAUAAUGACUGGAAACUUGUCAAUGAAUCUUUACUCGGCCUGGACUUUUAUAGACUUAUUGAUGUAAUAAUAACCUUUAAACUUAAAGGCAUCAACCUGCAAGCAAUACGUUCACUUGAAAUUCCAGACUGCUAUGAUUUCUAUGUAACAAUAACAUUUGACAAUCAAGGUCAUAGUGGGCUACUGAAAGUAUUUUUAAAUAAUGAUGCCGUUAUUAGUGAAUGCAACAACUGGAACAUAUCUGCCUCUUGGCCAAACAGUAAAUAUUUUCUGCUGGUUUUUGAUUCCUUUGUAAUUUUGGUCUGUUUCAUCUCAGCGGUGUUGUGCAUCAGAUCUAUAAUUCUUGCAAGGCGACUCCUACAGAGAUUUGUCAAGUUCUUCCAAGAUCACUAUGAACGCACAGUAUGUGAAUCGGAUAAAAAUGAGUUUAUAAAUAUGUGGUACAUAUUGAUCAUCAUCAGUGAUCUAAUGGCAAUAAUUGGUCUAGUUUUGAAGAUGGAAAUACAAACAAAGAAUCUUGCAAGCUAUGACUGUUGCAGCAUUCUUCUUGGCACUUCCACAUUAAUGGUAUGGGUUGGGGUAAUAAGAUAUCUCGGCUACUUUCAGAAAUAUAAUGUUCUCAUUCUAACCAUGAAUGCAGCCUUGGCAAAAGUCCUUCGUUUCUGUUGUUGUGCAGGAAUGCUUUAUCUUGGCUAUAUGUUUUGUGGGUGGAUUGUUCUUGGACCAUAUCAUAAAAAGUUUGAAACUUUGAGCACCGUGGCAGAAUGCCUCUUUUCACUGGUUAAUGGAGACGACAUGUUUGCCACCUUUGCACAGAUCCAACAGAAGAGCAUCUUAGUUUGGCUAUUCAGUCGUGUGUAUUUAUACACCUUCAUUGCUCUUUUCAUCUACAUGGUCCUCAGCCUCUUCAUUGCACUUAUCACAGAUUCCUAUGAAACAAUUAAGAAGUACCAAGCAGAAGGUUUUCCAGUUACAGACCUAGAAAGAUUUCUUAAAGAAUGUGAAGAUUUUCCUCAUUUGGAGAAGGAAGAGGAGUCCAAUGUUUCCUUUCUUUGCUGUAAAAGAAGCAUUUAUGAGACGACAGUACUUGGAUUUUGAUGCCUUAUUGUUCGUCCUGAAGAACAGAGUGACUUGGCUGGAGUGGCAUUACUGGAAUCAACUGUUUGGAGUGGGUACAUGUCGGAGACUGAACUCGCUACUUAGCUUGAAAAUCGUUCAAGCGGCAUUGGCCAAGACAGGAAAAACCACGUGGGAGUAGAGCAGUGGCACCAAGUGCUGUAGCAAGAUCCUGAGAAAAGAAAUUGAAUAGAGAAGGGUUAAUAGCUUAUAAUUAUUGUAUUACUUAUCUGUUUACACACAUGAAUAACAGAGAUGUAAUCAACCGCACUAACCAGAGUAUGCUUGGUUAAAGCAGUGAGUCUUCGGCCUUUUUUUAAAAGCAAAGAGCAAAGGGUCAUACAUCUCUUGUAUCAGAAAAUGGAUUGCACUUUAAAGCUUGACUUUCCACUUUUCUGUUAAUCCUUGAAAUCUUUAAGUCUGUAUCUUGAGAUCUUAAAGCACAUUCCAGUUUGAAGUUAUGUAUAUAGAUAGGUAAGUAGGAUCUUGGCCGUUUAAGGUUUUAUGUGAAAGAAGGAGGAUUUUGAAGUCCGGCCCAAGCUUAACUAGAAGCCAGUGUAAAGACUUAAACUGGAGUUGUGGUAGUACUUUCUAGUUUUAGUAAUGUUUUUGUGGCAGAAUCUUGAGUUAACUUAAAACUUCAUAUAGUAGGGUUUAAAUGGCUGGUAAAUAACCCACUGUAGUAGUCAGUCCUAUUAGAAAUAAAUCCAUUAAUUCAUUUCUCUGUAUACUGUAGUCUUAAUUUUCCAAAAUUAAAAAAAAAAUUAAAAGGUUUUAUAGUGUGUGUUUUUAAAAUACUGAUUCAUUAAAACUAAUGGUUAGUCUAGUUGAGUUAAAGUGACAGAAAUGCAUUUUGUUGGGGCAAAUGAUGUCGAGUGCAACAGGAUUCUAUUUUUUGUGUAAUAAGAGACAAGGAGACAUCACCCAUCCACACUCACACCAUGUUUAAAGGACAGUAUUGGAGAAACAUUUAGCUUAAAAGGUAUAAUUGGGUGUCAUCUGCGUGGAAGCAAAAAUAAUGCUAUGUUUUCUAAAAACUAGUACCUAAAGGAAGCAUGUACUAUAAAGUGAAAACAGUAAAGGUUCAAGCAUUGAAACCUGUGGACACCUUAUUUACUUCUGAAUUAUAUGACAAAGGUUAGGAUAUUUCUGUACAAAGUAAAAUCAAUAAGGUAAAUAUGAACUAAACCAUGCAAGGAAAGUGUAUGAGAGCCCAAUGUAAUAUUCCAGCAUGUGUAACACUGUGGUCAAUUUUGUCAAAGGCUGUGCUUUAAAUCUACCAGUACUGUGGACUUUCCUUCAUCAAAUGAUAUUAAAGUAUUGUGGGUUAGUGCUGUUUCUAGACUAACUGAUGUGAAAGCAGACUGUAAAAAAAAGUCUGUUAAGGAUAAUAAGUUGUUUUGAAAGAAAAAAAAUCUAACAAAUGGAAAAAUAUGAACUAAAAUGAGAAUGAAUGUUUCAGAAAAUUAGAAUCUGUGGAAAAAAUAGUACAUGCAAAAGUGUGAAGAAAGUUGUGAUGUAAACCUGGAUUGACUAUUCCAUUUCCAAUAGUAGUAGUGGGGGUGAUGAGAAUUUGAGAGUGCGAUUGUAAUAUUAUGCGGAGGUUAAAUUUAAACUGCAAAUAAUUUUUUUUAAAUAUAUGCAUAGUUUAAUUAUGUAUAUAUAUUCAGUAAAGCUCAAACCUAAUGUAUUUUUUUUUCUUCAACUUGAAUGGCCUUACAUUUACGUCCUUUUAUUUAUGGCCAGUAAACACAAAUGUGCUAUUUCUGCCUGCAAAAGUCCCAAGGAAGGUCUAUAGUAGAAACCUAGGCCCACUUGCAUUGACACUUAGGAGCCAAGAGCAUUGUUGGUUAAUUACAGGUAAAUGAAAAUUUGUGUGUAUAUGUGUGUGAAUUAAAAACAAUAUAUUUGCAGGCUUACCCUGUAUGACUUGUUACACCAGUGUAGUAGAAAGGCAGCCUGACCACUGGAAUGCUUUUAAAGAAAAGGGGCAUAAUUUUAGAGAAAGGCCAAGUAUCCUAACAGGAAAUAAUUGUGUAUUAAGUAAGUGCCAUAUUGUUUGCAAAUUGAUUUCUUAUUUUAAAAAAAAAUCUCUUCAUGCACUUUAAAUUGAUUCCAUCCUUUUAAGACUAUUUAGUUUGGUCACUUUUAGACCUAAUGCACUCCACUACGUAAUGGUUAUAUUCUGUCCUACAUUCCCAACUAUACACGUUUUUGUGAAACUUUAAAUGUAAUACAUUGAUUAAGUCAAGAGCUUUUAGACAUACUGUAAUGGCAAUGUAAUAAUUUUAGUUCAGUGUGUGUGUGUCUAAAAUACAUGAAGUUCUGGGACACCUACCUUUUAAACACACACAAACUUUAAUGACAUCCCAUUCUUAAUUCAUAGGCUUUAAUAUGGAGUUGGCCCAC